AUGACGCAGGGGGCUGGACGCAGGGGGCGCAGGGGGCCGGACGCCGGGCGCCGGAGCAAGAGGCCGGACGCAGGGGGCCGGAGCAGGGGGCCGGACGCCGGGCGCCGGCCGCCGGAGCAGGGGCCUGACGCGGGGGGCCGGACGGAGGGGGCCGGAGCCGGGGGCGGACGCAGGGGGCCGGCCGGCCGGACGCAGGGGGCGCAGCCGCGCAGGGGGCCGGAGCAGGGCGCCGGACGCCGGGCGCCGGAGCUGGUGCGCGCGGCGCGCCUGGGCGGUGGUAGCUGGGGGCUGGCGCCUGGCGGAGUGGCCGGCGGCGGCCGGCGGCUGCUGGUCUGCAGAGUGCAGACUGCAGUGGGGCGUGACCGCGUGACUGCGUGA